AUGGCGGAGCACUUGUCGACGACCCUGCAGGCUUGUCUGCGGGCUUGUGUAAGACAACACGCUGUCCCGUCACCUCUACCUACCACCAUGCCAUCAUUCUCCAGCCAGCAACACGGCCAUUCGCCCAUCUUUCCUUCUUCCUCCAUUUCUAAUUCCACUGUCACUACUAGCAAUGCUUAUCAAUGGAUUGGUUCGGACUUAAAUUCAGGUAGUAUGGCUACCUCAAUUCGCUCAUCUCUUCCUGAAUGUUCACAACCUUUCAACGCCACCUUUUCUACCUCGUCUGAAUUGAGGUCAUAUUCCCCAAAGAGUCGUUUGAACAAUGAAAAUAAUCACAACCGAAUGCAACCUCCAGCUUCACCGAUGCUGCAAAUACCACCACCUCCACCCCCACUAAAUGUUUCGUCCUGGGAGGAGGUUAAUCAGACGUCAGGUGGACGAUUUAGUAACAGUUCAACAGAUUUUCCAAGUGAAAUUCCCCUUCUACAUUCGUCUUCAAACUCACAGGUUCCUGAUGUCACCUUUUCCGCAAAGCAGUCCACCCCAAAAAGAAGUAUUGAUAUGAACUGGCGACCACUGGGAAAUUGCUCUUCUGGAGAAGCUGAACGAGAUGCCGAGGGAUUGUGUAGUCGAGUUAAUGGGGACAGAGCCAUCCACCAAUCGGAAUCGAAGGGCUCACCGCAAUAUAGGUAUCCCAUCCAAGUAUCUCAGGAGGCGAAGGCAAGAAAUCUCGAGGACGCUUACCAUGAUUUGGUACAAAAUUUGGUUUUAAAACGGUCUGCUGCAAAUAGACCCGAACGACUGAUCGAUAUGACAUUCGAGCAGCUCGAAGCAGAGAAGCUACUUAUGCAGCGUACGCUUUUGAACUUCGAGUCAAAAUACGGUCGCCCUACAGAGCGAAAUGAUCGAAUUUUGUUGCGUCCAGUGUACGAUCGGUAUCGAUGUGUAAAGCGUCUUUUAGCCGCUGGAGCCAGUCACAAUUGUGGAAGAAAUCCUCUUACUCCUGCACAUGCUUUUGCACCUCCUGAUAUGCUAGAAUCGGUGGAGUCUCUCAGCCCUCUGAAAAUCCAUACACCGAAUUCCGCUAUAAAGCUCACAACUCCACAUUCAGAUUUCUACGUCUCAAUCAUUGGAAGUUCUUCAAGGGAUUCCGCUACUGGUAGAGAACAAAUCUCUCUUCCAGCGAGAAGUCGGCAUACUCGAUCUUCGAAUGAGGGCCUCGAUUACCCCCUUAUACCGUUUACUUCUGUAACCAAUCGGUGUACGAGUGUUAAUUCAUCCGUGAAGCCAAAAUCGACACCGGAUGAGUGGUUUGGAUCCCUAGGAGUUUCGCGGACUUCAGGUCAGCGGACGGAUUAUCCACUACGACACUCUGGCAAUGAAGGGAACGAUAUGGCUAAAUGUCGACUUGAUCAAAGUAUGCAUGAGGUACUCUCAAUGGUUAACCAAGGAGAUGAAGAGGGGUUAGAUGAUAACGAGACAGUUGGUCGACAGACUCCUGUCAACGAAGGCAGUCCAAAUUUAUCUUUAUCCCCCUCCCCCCUAGGACGUUCUGAAUUAGCUCCUCACCAACGGUUUUCAAAGCCUCGACAGAAACUUUUAACUGCACAGUCACAAACUCAGGCGCAUGGGUUAGGGGGAGAUAAUUAUGGAUAUUUUGAAGAGAGCUCUUUGCGGAAUUACCAACAAUCGCUAAGACAGUCUUCUCGACACUUCAUUCAAACACCUAUGGGCUCAUUGUCACAACGACAGCAACAAGCGAAACCUUCAUCUCCCUACUUACAACGACAGUCCUAUCAAGUUACAAGGAGUCAUUUGACAGGAGAUGAUCCAGAGACCGGCAAACCGCUAGAACAAGCUAUUGCUGAUUACGUUCGAAAAUAUGCUCAAUUUUCUGUGACGGAGCUUCAGGCUGAAUCCGAUUCCGUCAAGGAGUCUAAAAAGACUUUGCAAAAGUUUCUAAAGGACUACGAACAUGAUUUUGAGCGAAAAUAUGGGCGUAAGGUGGAAGCGGAAGAUAGACAACCGUUGAAUCCAGAAUACAUGCAUUAUAAGAUGUUAAAAGCUCGUCUUGCUAGCUUGGAACGACUCUUAGAGGCUCGAUCCAAUCGGAUCUUGUACUAG